CUACGUGUCCCAGCAGCCUGUGCCGGCCGACUGAAGGAAGUGGUCACGAUGAUCCCUCGUGGACUUUGAGCAGAGGUUUUAGUCCCGAGGAGGGACAGGUCGCUGCGGCUCGUGUCUCACGCAGUUGCGGGUGCCCGUGCCUGGCCCCAGGGAAGGGCAGCAGCUCUCGGUGCGGCCGGGCUGCGAUGGCGGCGCGGCUGUCCCUCCUGCCCUCCCGCAGGUGCCUGUUCGAUGACCCUGUGCAGAUCCGUGUGGCCGGGCUGCAGCCGCAGCAGGCGGUCACUCUCCGAGCCAGCCUGCUGGACGAGAGCGGGGAGCUCUUCCAAGCCCACGCUCUCUACAGGGCUGGGAGCAGCGGGGAGCUGGACCUGAGCCGCUCCCCAGCGCUGGGGGGCAGCUAUUUGGGAGUGGAGCCGAUGGGGCUGCUCUGGGCUCUGCAGUCCAAAACGCCCUAUAAGCGGCUGGCAAAGAGGAACGUCCUGACUCCUUUCUGUGUGGACUUGGAAGUGUAUGAGGGCCACGGGGACAUGAGCCGCUUGCUGGGAAAAUACACCCAUGAACGAUGGUUUUUAGGAGAGGGGGUGAAGAGGAUUUCGGUCAGAGAAGGUCGUCUCAGAGCAACCCUCUUCCUCCCUCCUGGACCUGGCCCAUUCCCUGGACUUAUUGAUUUGUAUGGAUCUGGAGGAGGUCUUAUUGAAUACAGAGCAAGUCUCCUGGCUAGCAGAGGCUUUGUGACUCUGGCUCUUGCUUACAUGUCCUUUGAAGAUAUCCCUGCUAUGCCAGAGGUUCUUGAACUGAGCUAUUUUGAGGAGGCUGUGAAUUUUUUGCGGAAGCAGCAGCAGGUGAAAGAUACUGGGAUUGGUGUUUUGGGCUUGUCUAAAGGAGGUGAUCUAGCGCUUUCCAUGGCCACAUUUCUACCUGGCAUCAAGGCAGCUGUCAGCAUAUCUGGAAGUAGUUUUAAUUCCUUCAUUCCCCUGAAGGGGGAUGGCUUCACUCUUCCUGUCCACCCAUAUGACUUGGGAAGGAUGAAGAUCAGUGAUGAGUCUGGACUAGUAGACUUUUCAGAUGUCUUACAUGAUCACAUGGACCCAGCAACUUGGGAUUGUCGCAUUCCUGUGGAGAAGUCCUUAGCCAAGUUCCUCUUCUUGUCUGGACUGGAUGACAUGAACUGGAAAAGUGACCUCUAUUGCCGGGAUGCUGCUCAGCGCCUUCAGCAGCACGGCCGGCAGGUGGAGUUUUACUCCUAUCCUGGAGCAGGGCACCUCUUGGAGCCACCAUACUUGCCUCUGUGCAAAGUUUCGAUCCACAGGGUGCUCGGGAUGUUUGUGCAUUGGGGAGGGCAGUGGAGGGAGCAUGCUAAAGCACAAGAAGAUGCAUGGCGCAGGAUACAGGCCUUUUUCUGGCAACAUCUGAUGGACUCAGACAUCCCUAACUGUAAGCUGUAGUGGAAGCUGGGAUGGUAUUUCAGCACUCACUUGGAAACUCACCAGAAGUUUCCUGGACUGCUUUCCUUUAAACCCUACUGUUGCAUAGUUGUUUCUUUUCAUUCCCCAAAUAAUUUCCCAUUUUUUAGUUGAAUUUCAGUUGACUUCUGGCCUUACCUUCACAGUAGAUUGGCACCAUCUGGUCUGUGCUGUAAUCUAAAAACAACCCAGCAUCCCAUCAUCUAAAUCGCAUUUGUGCUGAGCUAUCUUUGCUCUCAAUAUGCAAUCAUCUCCUUUCAUAAGAGGAAAUACUCUCCUAGGAGGAGUUUUCCAUUUAAUGGUUUAGUCUUGUGCCUUUAGCUAACCUAGAUAUAAACAGCAUUUUUUUUGGACAGCACAUUAGUACACUCAUCUUUCCUCCUGGUAUAUUGUUUUCUCCCAUUGCAUAGUAAAAAAGUUGCAGUAGUUCUGAUUUCAGCUAAGGGAAGAGGCACUCUUCUGGCUUAAUCUGAAGUGCAGUGAUAACAUUUUUUUUUCUGGUACCUCAAAUCCCAGAAGUGAAUCUUACACAGGUUGUAUCUCCUGGUGACUCCAUAGAAGUUCCAUUUUAGGGUAAAAUUUUCCACUCAGUGAGUGCAAUGUGCAGUGUAUCUGUGUGUGCACAGUUUGCUUUGAGAUUAUCUGAAUGGAGCCUUCAACCACCUGUACACCUGUCAAUACAUUAAGGAACAAUCCUGGUGUAGCCACAAGCUGUUACUUCACCUGAUUGCAGAGGUUGUGAGCAGGAGUCCAUACCUUCUUCUGGGAAGAGAAAUGAUGGAGUCUGUGUUUUUGCACAGUGUUCAACAUGGGGGUGAUACAGAUGUGCCAAGUACUUGCUCUCAUAUGGUCAAAAGUUUGUCUCCAUUUUGGGGGUGAACAGUAAAGCCACUGCUGCUGAGUUCCCAGGAGCCCAGU